AAACAUCUCUAGGAAACUGUCACCAAAUAUACCUGAAUGUCACAGGUGGUUUAUACCACUAGUGCAUAUUUGUAGUCCUCAUUGGUGUUAGAGAUCGUCUGUGUUACAGUCAUCAAUAUUAUUUGCACAUUCGUAGAUGUUCAGAUGAUUUUCUUCCAGGCAAACAGACAGAAGACGUCGGAUUUAACUAUCAGAGAAUGAAUUCUACUGCUUUACAGCUGAGCACCACUCCACAGUCUUCAUGGACAAGUAUGGUAACCAACAGUACCCCAUACCUGGAUACUUUAACAUCUCCCAGUUUGAAUGAACCAGAAAAUGAUGAAACAACCACCUCUUCCUCAUACGACUAUGGGGACUACUACAAUGUAGGUGUUGAUGAAUCUGUGUUAUCCUGUGAUUAUGGAGUUCGUGCUUCCAACAUCCUACCUGUGUUUUACUCUCUGUUCUUCGUGUUGGGCCUGCUGGGUAACCUGCUGGUGUUAUGGGUGAUCUUAAUGGGUAUCAACCUGAGGAGCAUGACUGACAUCUGUCUCCUGAACCUGGCUUUAGCUGAUCUCCUGCUGGUCUCCUCUCUCCCGUUCCUGGCUCACUAUGCCAGAGAUCAGUGGGUCUUUGGAGCCCCCAUGUGCACCAUGGUUUUAGGCGUCUAUCACAUUGGAUUCUACAGUGGGAUUUUCUUUGUUGUAAUGAUGAGUGUUGACAGAUAUUUAGCUGUGGUUCAUGCUGUGUUUGCUUUGAGAGUCAGAACAAAGACAUAUGGGAUCUUAGCCAGUGUGGUCAUCUGGAUCAUUGCUGUUGCAGCAUCGUUUCCUGAGCUUAUGUACCUUGAAAUCAGUAAACACAAUAAUAAAAAAUACUGUCAGUCUUAUCCAACAGAUGAUCACAACUCUCACCAUAAUGCAAACACUGUUGGUAUCAUUAAGAUGAAUGUUUUAGGAUUAAUUAUUCCACUGUGUGUAAUUGGAUUUUGUUACUCCAUGAUUCUUCACAGACUCUUAACAGUUCGCUCUUCCAGGAAACAGGCCAUGAGACUUGUCAUUGUAGUGAUGGUUGCCUUCUUCUGCUGUUGGGCUCCAUAUAAUAUUGCAGCUUUUGUGAAAGCAUUGGAGCUAAAUAAACUCAUAGAGCCAACCUGUGGAAAAAGCAAAGCAAUCACUCUUAGUCUUCAGAUCACAGAAGCUUUGGCUUACUCACACAGCGGCUUGAAUCCCAUUCUCUAUGUGUUUGUAGGAGAGAAAUUUAGGAAACACCUUUACAGACUCCUGAACAAAACACCCAUCAGCAGAUUACAGUUCAUGAAGAGAUACCUUACACAGGCUACAGGAUCUGUUUAUUCACAGACUACCAGUGUGGAUGACAAAUCUACAGCAGUGUAAAAGGAGAUACAAUUGGGAAGCAAUUCCAGCCUUCUGAACUAUAGCUACAACCUGAGGUAGUUGUGAAGGCCGUGAUAGUGCUUAACCCUUAACUGUCCUCAACCAGUGCACGCUGUCGUCCCUGAACUCAGCCCAGCACCCACUAGCGUCCCUGAACUAAGCAAUUCCUGCCCUGCUGGCUCUUUUGUGACUUCCUGCUCUGACGGCACCUCUGUGACUUCCUGAUAUGUUGGCUUCUCCAUUGCUUCCUGAUCUGCCGGCACAUUCCUGGCUCCCGUUGCAGGCUGCACCUCACUGACUCCGGGGCCAUGUGCAGUGUGGGACGUCUGGAUUUUGGUGAAAUAAACAUUCAGAACUGUAGUCAAAUGAAACUGUUUUUUUUAGUUUUAUAGUGAUGUAAAUUUAUAUAAUUGCUGCAAUAUUGUGCCUGUUGCAUUUUACUUUUGAAAACUGAGUCUUGCCUUCACAAUCCGCUGCCUUAGAAGGAUCCAUAUCCUGAAUUAGGAUGCAUACACAAUAUAUGGUUUCAGUUUUUGCAUCUUUUUGUAGCAAAUUCUCAACUCUACAAGAUCCCAAAUUGUUUAGUAUGUGUUGCUCUGCCUUAUUUCAGCAACUUUUAAAAUAUUUGUACUAACCAUGCUUAAACAUAAUUUACUCAAAAAUACAAACAUGUACAUACUAGUUACUCACAUAAUAUUGUAGCACAGUUUGUGCUGAAUAUGGUUAAUGGAUAUUAGCCAUUAAUAUGUUUUAAGCAACUUAAUAAAGACCAAAUGUAAGAGCAUAUCAAACAUCUGCCAGUGUGCUAUAACCUCAAACCCCAGAGCGUAAAAAAAGAAGAGGGUGUAUUUUUUUCAUUGUAGGGUUGUUGUGUUCACGCACCUGUCAAUCACACAUUAAGCAUGAUUUUGCAUAAUAUGUGCACUUAUUUUCAGUUGUUUAAAUCUAAAAAAUAUUUAAAUAAAAAAUCUGCUUUGUAAAACUUAACAAAUAGAGUAAAAAUGUAUUUAAGGAGCAUAGCUUUGCAAACUGCGUCAGAGAAGUAACUUCUCCUUAACCUUUGAAUUUCUUUUUAAAGAUAACACAAAAAGCCACAAGACAGCAGAGACAGAGAGAGAGAGCGAGAGAGAGAGAGAGAGAGAUUUCCUGUGUUCUUACUCUCUGAUGCUAACACAGUACAUUGCUGACAUGGCUAUUGCUUGGUCAAAAUAAUAACUUACCUAAACCUGUUAACACUUCUGACCACUUUUUAUGUUAUGUCUUAAACAAUGUUUCAUAUGUUUGAAAAAAUUUUUGUGAUUAGUUCAUUCAAAUGUAUUAGGCAUAAUCUCCAGUAUCUGCAGAAUAAGACCUGCAUGAGUUCAUUAAUAAAUUUUUAUUUGAUUGGAUUUAGUGAUAACACACAAAAACAACCACUUCCUUAUUGUGAGGUAUGUGCAAUUGUGUCUGCAAGUAAAUGGCACGCUUAGGACCGCAUGUUUUGAGGAUCAACACCGAAACAAUCAACACUGUAACAAUACAGCAUCCUAAACAGCUAAAAAGGAAAUGUGCAAAAUGCUGCUACAGUGAAGACAUAAUUUCAGGUGUAUAAAAAUUAAUCAGUCACUUUAAUUCAAUCACUGAAAUAAUGAGAUUACUAAAAUGUAUAAACAACAGAUAUCAGGAAGACAAAAUAUUGAUUUAUGUGAGGAAAAACACAAAAGCAAUCACUAUCUGCUAUAAAUCUUGUGUUAAUAUAAAGUGAUCAUAUGGUUUCAGCUCACAAGGCCUGCAACGCGAGUUGUUUGUAAUACGUUUAAACUGUUAAAUUUAUACAAUAAAUACCCAUU